CCUCAGCAAAACCGGAUCAUCUUCUAUCCUCACCUUUGCACCGGUCGUCUGUCAUUGCCGCUCUUUCUACAGGGCCCAGUGGGGUGCCCACCAACUCUGCUUCAGUCGCUGGUACCACCAAUUGUAGCGGUAACAGUAAUAUAUGUCUUAGCGGGUCUGCUCCAGCUGUUGCGCCUGCUUCUACAUCUGCGACUGCCUCAACAACUUCUUCCCUGGCCAAGCCGAUCGGCGCUGGGUUUACAGUAUCUAGCCGGCUCUCAUCAGCACAGCAGAUGACCGUCAAAUCCUUCGUACCGGGCCUCGAUGACUCCACUUUGUCUAUAAGCAACAUGGGUAUUUGUACCAGCGGAAGUAGUUCCGUCAGCGCUGAACUAGUCCCUUCAGAACAUCCGCCGGGGGCGCCUCCUAUCACUAUCGUCUCAACUGCAGGCGGCACCACCUGUGCCGCGAUUGGCGGUAAUAGCUCCUCUCUUUUUGCGUCCAUCGCUAAUUCGACCCCAGGCUCAUGUAUAGAUUUAUACUCUGAGGAUGUCUGUCAAGAUACAGACGAAAGCUCAACACAGGUUCAUCAGUGUCGCAGGACGGUGAGCCGAAGACACUCCAAUAGUCUUCACUCCGCGGCAAUCCUCCUUCGGUUUCUGUUGAGUCCAUUUCACGAAUUUCUUCCAACCAACUUUUCCUUCCUAAUGGAAAGACAUUUCACAAUUAUACCUGAUGUUUUCUUAGAGGAAAUAUUUUCCGUCCAACCUCCCCCACGUUACUUUACCUUGUUAUUUCCUAAGAAGCUAUAG